GCGAUACCGCUGACUUUAGUUGAAUCUGCUAUUUUUAGUUAAAGUAUAUAAGAAAAUGUUUUUGCGAAGUUUGGCUUUAAAAACAUCUUUUUCGAAGCUUUGUGCAGGGUUGGUUGAAGUCCAACGUCAAAAUGGCGUAAGAUGGUUACAUAAAACGCCAUCCAUUAGAGGUGGUCAACUAUUUGUGCACAGAGACACCCCAGAGAAUAACCAAAAUACACCUUUUGAAUUUACAAAAGAAAAUUUAAAGAGAGCUGAAGCCAUAGUAGGUAAUUAUCCAAGUGCCCACAAGUCUGCAGCUGUCAUACCAUUGCUUGACCUGGCUCAAAGACAGAUAGGCUGGGUGCCAUUGUCUGUGAUGAAUUAUGUUGCUGAUUAUUUGGAGAUGCCUCGAAUGAGAGUUUAUGAAGUAGCAACAUUCUAUACGAUGUACCACAGGAAACCUGUUGGUAAACAUGUGAUUCAGGUGUGUACAACCACACCAUGUAUGCUGUGUGGUGCUGAAGACCAUUUGGAGUACAUCAAAAAGACUUUAGAUAUUGAUGUUGGUGAGACAACAAAAGACGGAAUGUUCACCUUACUUGAAGUAGAGUGCUUAGGAGCAUGCGUUAAUGCACCCAUGUUGCAAAUUGGUGACAAUUACUAUGAGGACCUUACGCUGAAGGAUACAGAAGAAAUUCUCAAUGAUUUGAAAAGCGGAAAGACGCCCAAAGCUGGACCACGAAAUGGCCGUUUCGCUUCGGAACCCAGAACGGGUUUGACGUCCUUGACCGAGAAACCAAAGGGGCCUGGGUUCGGUGUACGAUCUGAUUUAUGAUCGAUGUUGUUUCGAUGAAAGUGAGGUCGAAUGAAAGUGAGUGAAUUUCUGAAACAGUGAAAAAAUUUUAUCCACAUAAAAUUAACAGUUUCUAGUUAUGCAAUGUAUGUAUUUAUAUUAAUGUUUAUUCGCAUGGAGAUUUUUGAACUUCGAUAACUAUUUCGAACGCUUCGAUUGUUUAUUGUAUCAUGAUCAUUGUUCCUACAA